GGGUCUGUCAAAGGAACCCCACAGGCUGCUGCCUAUCAGCACAGACAAGAAAGAAAACUUAGACAGUGAGAGAGUGUCAGGGACCAGAGAGGAAGUGCCAGCAUGGCUUCUGCUUUCAGACUUCAGUGCCACUGCAUCCUGAUCUUCUUGGCAGCCCUCAAGGGGGAAACCAGAUACCUAGAGGCGAGGGCUGCCGGUGAGGACGAGCCCUUUCUGCUCCUCAGCGCAGACCUGAAGCGGGAGUUGUCAGGCAGGCAGCUCUACCAUCGGGCGCUCAGAUGCAUUGACAUGCUGAGCGUGGAGGGGCAGUUCACCUUCACCGCCGAGCAGCCCCAGCUGCACUGUGCCGCUUUUUUCAUAGGAGACCCCGAGGAGCUCAUCACAAUAGACUAUGACUUCGUCAAUAUUGACUGCCAAGGGGGAGACUUCCUGAAGGUGUUUGAUGGCUGGAUACUCAAAGGUGAGAAGUUUCCUAGUUCUUUGGACCAUCCUCUCCCUACUUCAGAAAGAUAUGUAGAUUUUUGCAAAAGCGGCAACAUCCAUAGGAGCAUCAGGUCAUCCCAGAAUGUGGCAAUGAUCUUCUUCAGGAUUCAUGAACCUGGGAAUGGAUUUACAUUUACAAUAAAGAAAAAUGACAACCUCUUCCCUUGCAAUGUCAUCUCUCAGACCCCUACUGGAAGAUUUACCAUGGUAAUUCCUCAUCAGCACAGAAACUGCAGUUUUUCCAUAAUCUAUCCAGUGGUGAUAAAAAUAUCUGACCUUAUACUGGGACAUUUAAAUAGCCUCCAUUUAAAGAAACCAUCAACGGGCUGUGCAGGAGUGGGAGAUUUUGUGGAGCUGUUGGGUGGAACUGGAUUAGACCCCUCCAAGAUGUUCCCACUAGCUGAUCUGUGCCAAUCCUUUCAUGGUUCUGGCGGAAUUUUCCCCUGGAACUACCCUGGUCUGACCUGCAAGAUGAGCAGCAAGCACAGGACCAGUGACAGAUUUAGGGUCCAACAGCUCAGGACCAGCUCACGGAUGAAAAUGGCUGCUACACACCCAGGGUGUGGUUAAAGCAGACUGAAACUGAAGAGCCAAAGAGAUGUGGGGAGCCGUUAAGAAGAACUGCUCCCCCAAGCCAAGGAGAGGAGGUUCCUGCUACUUUCAGUAGAGGAUGUGGAGUGGCACUCCCCAACUCAAUGCCUCUUUCUUUAACAUUGUUACAGGGUUUAAAGGUAGAUUUCUGACUUUCUAAUGGGACCCAGUACUGUUUUCUAGACCUAAUAUAUUUGGCCUUAAAAUAGCAAUAUUAUUUACAUAAAAGCUAUUUUAGGUUAUUUUCAGAGAUUAAAAUUUAGUUAGAAUUAUCUUCUUUCAAGGUAUUUACAUUCAGGAUCUUGGUACUAAGAAAUACUAACUUUAUAGGUGGAGGGCUAUGACAAGGAGUAUUCUCUACAAAUAUCUCUAGUAAUUCUGCUGAGUAUUACACACACAGUGCAUGACGGGGGGUGUUUGUUGACACUUGGCUGGAAUGAACUUCACGGUUCACUUGUUGCUUCACCACUUGUGAUUAAUGUUGCCUUCCAAACUCAUGCUGAUAAAGCUUUUAUAUAACCCCACAUCAUCGUGUAUUUUGCACAAAACCACAAGCCAUUCUUUGUGCUGCAGAUGCAGCUUUUCCUCAUGUGAAAAAUCAAUGCACAUUUAAGCCUAUCUUCCUGUAUUUAUUGAGGCCUUAGUGGUUAUUAAAUGCAGAGAACACAGUAGAGAUGCUUUAAAACCACAAUUGGAAGGCAGGUUUGCUACUUUUGGUUCCUGAGAAAACAAGAAAGGAAGCAGAGCUGGGAAGGAAUGGGGCAUGAGCAAUCCCACACUCAAACCUCUGGCAUUGUGAUGCAACUGUCAGACUGCUCCAUCAUACUGCCUUCAAUUUAUUUGUUUGUUCCACCAAUUAGGUCCUCGGCACUUAAAACUCAAAAGGCAACUAAUCACAGAUUGGCUGACAUUGUCCAAGGGCAGAGAGCCACACCAGUAUUUAUUUAAUAGUUUUUUAAAACAGAUAUUGAAUUGCCUUGGUAACAACCAGGAUGAACUGGUCUGUGACGAUUGGCAAUGGAAAUAACCAUGCUCAGAACAGGACAAGUGUCAUCCUUCUGAAUGGGAGUCUAAAUAUUUAAAUUGUUUUCAGAAUGCUUUAUAUUUAUAACUAAAUGUACUGCUAACACUAAUGUGAUGAAACUGUGCCAUUCAAUUCACUUGAUUGAAGGUUGAUUGCAUGGAAGGUUUUAUCUGUAAUUAGGAAACAGUUUCCAAAAAAGCUGAACAAUGAAAAAUGUAGGUUUGUAGAUUGCACCAAGUGCUGGAUGAUAUAAACAGCUUUGCUAUAGAAUCUCUCUAUUCUUAGAAGAUUUAAAAUAUAACUUCAAUGCAGUCAAAAUGUUCUUGCUUAACAUUCAAGGCAGAUUUUAUUCUACUU